UUCUUGGCUCAUAAACUGUUUCAUUUAAGGAUGCUGGUUCAUGAAUUUCUCUCCCCGCCCCAAUUCCUCGGUCUUAAGGUCUCAUACUUGGGCGCUAUGGCAUGUAUACCACCAGAGUUUAGCCUGGAAACCCUUCUGGAGCAGCUGAGCGAGGAUGAAUUAAGGCGGUUCAAAUCUCUAUUAAAGAAUCUUCCGCUACAAGGUAAGCUAAGGAUGACCCCAUGGUCCGAGCUAGAAGAGGCCAACGGCAAGAAACUGGCAGAAAUUCUGAUCGACAAAUCCCCAAAAUAUUGGAUAAGGAGUGUGACCGUGAACAUCUUGGAGAAGAUGAAUCUCACACAAUUAUCCAGGAGGGCAAAGGCUCAAAUCCCGGAGUACACAUUGAUUUCCAAAACACUUUACACAUGUCUGGAAGAAGAAGAAGAUGAAUCCGAAAAGAGAGAAAUGGAGGGUGUCCCGGAGCAAGGAAUAGAUGCCCCAAAACUUGGAGACACAGAAGAAAACUUGGAUGUAGAAAAGCCAGGUAAAAUGGGGGAACAUAGAAAUACAGUGGAGAAACCUCGUUUGGUCUGGAACAAUAAAUUUUGGCAGGGAGACGGUGACUAUUUCCUUGAUGAUGUCACUCGGAGAAGCCAGAAGUUCAUACCCUUCUUGCAUCCCAAGACACCCACGCAGCCAAUACCACACACGGUGGUGCUCCAUGGCCCUGCAGGUGUCGGGAAAACCACACUGGCCAAGAAAUUGAUGCUGGACUGGACGGAGACCAGCCCCAAUCAGACGUCCAGAUAUGCCUUCUACCUCAGCUGCGGGGAGCUCAGCCGCAUGGGCACGUGCAGCUUUGCAGAGCUGAUCUCCAAGGACCAGCCCACAGGGCAGGAGGACAUCUCCAAGGUCCUUGCCCAAGCACAGAAGAUCCUGUUCAUCAUCGAUGGUUUCGAAGAGCUGAAAGUCCCCGAGGGGACCCUGAUCAGAGAUAUUUGUGGCGACUGGGAGCAGCGGAAGCCAGUGCCUGUGCUCCUGGGCAGCCUGCUGAAGAGGAAGAUGUCACCCAAGGCCAUGUUACUGGUCACCACACGAUCUGAGGCCAUGAGGGAGCUCCGGCUCCUGGUAGAACAACCCCUAUUGCUAGAGAUCGAGGGCUUCCUGGAGCAGGACAGGAAGGCCUAUUUCUUGAGACACUUUGAAGAUGAGGAUGGUGCCCUGCGAGCUUUGGACUUGGUGAAGAGCAACGCGGCCUUGUUCCGCAUGAGCGCGGCGCCCGCCGUGUGCCGGAUCAUCUGCACGUGUCUGAAGCUUCAGAUGGAGAGCAAGCAGGACCCGGCCCCCAGCUGCCUGACCACCACGUCGCUGUUCCUGCGUUUCCUCUGUGGCCAGUUCAUGCCGGCGCCCGGCGGCAGCCCCAGCCACCACCUGCGUGGCCCGCUGAGGACCCUGUGCCUCCUGGCCGCCCAGGGCACGUGGACACAGACGUGGGUGUUUGACGCAGAAGACCUCGGGAGCCUUGGGGUGCAGGAGGCCGACCUGCGUCCUUUCCUGGACAAGGGCGUCCUCCAGCAGGGCAGGGACUGCGAAGGCUGCUACUCCUUCGUCCACCUGAGCAUCCAGCAGCUCCUGGCUGCCACAUUCUACAUCCUGGAGAGGGAGGAGGAGGACGACGAUGACGACUGGGAGAGCCACACGCGGGACAUCGGGGACGUGCAGAAGCUGUUCUCCAAGGAGGAGAGACUGAAGAACCCCAACCUGAUCCAGGUGGGAUACUUCUUAUUCGGCCUCUCGAAUGAGAAGAGAGCCCAGGAGUUGGAGAUGACUUUCGGCUGCCGAGUGUCUCUGAAGAUCAGAGAGGAGUUACUGAAAUACAAAGCAAAUCUGGAUGAGAAUAAACCCUUCUCAGACACGGACACGAAGGAGUUUCUGUACUGCCUCUACGAGUCUCAGGACGAGGGGCUGGUGAAGGAUGCCAUGGCCCGCUUCCAAGAAGUUUCUGUCCGUGUGACAGAUCCAUUUGAGAUGAUGUGCUCUUUCUUCUGCCUCAAGCAUUGUCAAAACCUACAGAAAAUCUCGCUGCAGGUAGCAGAGGGGGUAUUCCUGGAGAAUGAUCCUGCAUCAGAACCACAGUCUCAGCUUGAGAGCUCUCUGGAUAUGAGUCAAAGCUCCCUGAGUGACUCCUCUGUGAGGAUUCUCUGUGACCACAUAACCCUGUCGCCUGUCACCUGCAGGAAGGUGGAGAUUAGAAACGUCACCCCUGACAGUGCUUACCGGGAUUUCUGUCUGGCUCUCAUCGGGAAGAAGACCUUGACUCGCCUGACCCUGGAAGGCCACGUGCAGUGUGACGAGAUGCUGCUGACGAUGCUGUGUGAGAUCCUCAGACACAAGCAGUGCAGCCUGCAGCACCUGAGGUUGGGAUUUCUUUCUGUUACCACUCAGCAAUGGGCCGAUCUCUCCUCGGCCCUCCAAAUCAACCAGUCGCUGACAUGCCUGGACCUCUCAGCCAACGAGCUCCUGGACGAGGGUGUCAAGGUGCUGCACACGACUUUCAAAGACCCAAAGUGCUUCCUGCAGAGGCUGUCGUUGGAGGACUGUCACCUUACAGAAGCGUGUUGCAAGACACUUGCUUCUGUUUUGGUGGUCAACCAGCAGCUGAAGUACCUGUGCCUGGCCAAGAACGACCUUGGAAAUACUGGAGUGAAACUUCUGUGCAAGGGCUUGGGUUACCCUGAUUGUAAACUAGAAACCCUGGUGUUACAGCAAUGCAACAUAAAUAAACGUGGCUGCAGACAUCUCUCAAAGCUACUCCAAGAACACUCCAGCCUGAGAAACUUGGACCUGGGUCUCAAUCCCAUAGCUGCUGGAUUGUGGUUUCUCUGUGAGGCCUUAAAGAAUCCAAAUUGUAACCUAAAAUUCCUGGGGCUCUGGUGCUGCUCCAUCCCACCUUUCUCUUGUCAGGAUCUUGCAUCUGCUCUCAUUAGCAACCAGAAGCUGGAAACUCUGGACCUAAGCCAGAAUAAUCUGGGGAAUAGUGGAGUAACUGUGCUCCUUGAGGCUUUAAAACAAAAGAAUGGACCCUUGAAGACACUCAGGUUGAAGGCAAAUGAUUAUGAUUGGAAAAUCCAGAAGCUCUUGGAGGAAAUAAAAGAAGUCAAUCCCAGAUUGGCAAUUGAAUAUAAUGGUGCCAGGACAACUAGACUGUCAUGCUGUUGACUACCUUCCCUGAGCACCCUGGGACCAUUCUCUCUGUGAAUUGCACGUCUGAAGGGGAAGAAUGCCAUCUCUUUGUGAGACUUCUUGUUUGUGAAAAUCAACUGUAAAUCACUACGUAAGGUGUCAACGUGUAGGAUUUAACACGGGUGUUUCUCUGAGGUUUAGAGGGGAUAUUCUGCACAAGUCACAUACCCAUUUUG